AUGGUCAAGGUUGGCAUGAACAAAGUUGCGAGGCUGCACGAUAUCUCAGACGGUGCGUGGCGGAAGCUGGCGUGUGCAGCCCUUGCCGUUGGCACGCUGUCGUCUCCAGCUCCUCCGAGGGCACACCGCCCUGGAGCAGCAGCAGCCCUGCUCCUCCCGCGGGGCGCUGCUUCCCUGUCGCCCCGGGCCCUCUGGAGGCACCCGCGGGCACCACGAAGGCCGCCGCCGUGCGCCUCGCCGCCUCGGCUGCGGGGCACCCGCGCCCGUCCGCUGGGGCAGGCCCGCGGGUCCGCCGAGGGCGCGCGGGUGGCCUGCCUCGCCCCAGACGCCGGACACGCCCUGCCACGCAGCGGCGGCGAGCCGGGUGCCGACUGGACGUUCGGGGUGCCGGACUACGGAGUGCUCAGCUCACUGAAGCUGAUCUCGACGGGGACCUACAUGGUCCAGUCCCCCCUCUGGGCGGCCGUGCCCCGCCCGGGCAGGAAGUACUCGGUCGCGGAGAAGGCGCGGGCAGUGGCCUCGCUGGCGUCGGGCCUGCUGGCCGCCACGGAGCCACUGGUGGCCUUCGUCGAGCGCCGCUUUCUGCCGGGUGUUCUGAAGGCGGUGGGCCAAAGCCGACGGCGCCCUUCGUGCUGGUGCUAG